UUGAAGUACGAGUUUGAACGAUCAAAGUUUGGUUAUGUUGUUUCUAGUGCCUAUGGUGGCACCGUCCGUGAAUGUGUCAGACAUGAUAGACUCCUCUACCUUGUCAAUCUCGUGGACAGCCAUACCAGAAGAACAUGUGAUGGGCAGACUACUCGGUUACCACGUCAUGUACACACCAUUGAAAAAAGCUGAUAAACCACUAAAAGAGAGUGCUGCGGUGACUAAAGUUACCGUGGAUUAUCCAGGAAAUUUACUCACGCGACUCAAAGGAUUGGAAAGUUUUACUUCCUACAUAAUUCGAGUGGCUGGUUUUACCGCUAAGGGAGAUGGAAUAGCGUCCUUUCGAGUAACUGGGGAAACCUGCCCUUGCCCCAAAGUCCUUUAUACUAACUGGGCAGAGCUUCCUCCAUAUGUUACAAAACCAGUGAACAAUCACUCACCACAAGGGAUUAUUGGAACUCUUGUGGAGGAAAUGCUGUUAAAGUCAUGCGGUCUAUGCACAAACGGGUAUGGACGUACAGUCCUAAAUUUCACCAACAGUGGAAAAGGGAAGGCUGCCUUUAAAAGAACCAUCAACGCCGUUCGCGAGGAUGUCGAUCAUAGAACACAAGUUAGCUUUCCUAUCAUAGGGGCCAUGGACGAUGCCAAAUUCCAAAAGGAAUACGUUUUUGUUCCGUUAGUCGAAUCUCCUGGAAUCGCUUUCAUUACUGUCAGUCAAGAUGGAAGUAGCACAAGUGCCAUAUCUACAAUCUUCCAGCAUCUUCCACUGUACUUGUUUUGUUUAAUCAUGGCCUACGCAGCCGGUAUCAUCGUUUGGGCUCUUGACUCAAGCUGGAAAUCGGACGGUUUCUCAAAGUCAUUUACGAAAGGAGCCGGUGAAGGUUUUUGGUUUUCGUUUAUAUCCAUGACAACUGUCGGGUACGGAGACAAAGUUCCUGUUGGGGUGUGCGCAAGGUUAUUCGCUGUUGUUUGGACCAUAACCGGCCUAGUAAUGGCGUCUAUACUCGUUGGAGUAAUAGCUACUUCUCUGACAUUCAGCACUUUGGACAACGAGAUCAUUUUAUAUGGAACGAAGGUGACAGCCUUAGCAGACUCGCCUGCUCAUCAACUUGGAGUCAGGAGGAACGCCCUAGUCAAGCCUCGCGACACUCUACAGGAAAGUUAUAAAACUCUCGAGCUAGGCGAGGUGAAAGGACUUCUGUUGGAUGCUUACGUUGCUGGAAGUCAAAUGAAAGACCUGUCUCAGCAACUGCGAGUAAAAGAAGUCAUCAAAUUGUCGAAAGGAAUUGGCGUGGUGCUAUCAGGAGAGGCGAUGAAGUUACAGAGUCGAAUUCGUGAUUAUAUCACAGACAAUGCUGGAACGAUAACAAAGAUCAUCGAGAACAGUACAACUCCGUUAGAGCAACCAGGAAAGAGUGAAGCCGAGGAACGAGCGACUGAAUUGUUUUCUACAAACUCUUUGCUGUUUCAUCAAACAAUUAUGGCGCUAACAAAGGCACUGGGAGGUGCAGUGUUUUGUGGACUUAUUUGGGAACUCGUGCGCAUAGGAAUGGGACGAAGAAAAAAGAUCCAUCCAGAAAACCAAACAAAAGGAGAUCCAAGUCCUAAGACGAGAAGAAAAGAGCUGCAAGAACCAGUUCAACAAUUUUAUGACAAUUUCCGGGAAGUUUACUUGCACUUAGUAAAUAAAUAUAGGCGGGAGGUACAGCAAAAUUGUCAACAACAACGUCAGAGGAAACAAAAUAGGAAAGUUGCAUGGACAUGAUUAAGAUUGAUCAAGACAGUGGACAAGUUUAGAAAUUAAAUAUGAUAAACAGAGCGGUCUAUAGAAACCUAGCUAUUGGUUAUUUUAUCAGUGGAGGGUGAUAGUGUUCGCAACCGCUUCCUGUCAUCGACAAAGAGGAAAGGCAUUCAGAGGACGAAUUACUCUGAAAGAGGAUCUUUUUCAGCAGACGGCAAGGAAUUCAGUUGUUCCCAUUAACAUGAGUUAGAAAGGAAUGCAACUGAUAUGCGGCCUUUUUUGCCUAUAAAACCAUUGGAUAUGAAUUCGACAGUGACAUUUUAGUUCAGGUUUUUACCAGAAGAGGCUGUACACGGUCUGAAUUGCGGCACGGGUAAUUAUGACAAUGCGCAUCAGUUUGAGUAAGGUCUUGAGAUGUUUGGAUCUCUGAAUUAUUACCGUACAGACUUGUUCCAGCAAUAACCGUGCACACCUAGGAGUGAAGUAUUUUUAUGAAAUAAAUUCCUGUAGUUCAACUGUUAAAUAAGUUAGUUGUGAUAUUGAGAAAUAUAUGUUCCAGAAACGCUAAUGGGUUCUCAGCAUGUAUGACUGCAACGUAACUGACAGUAGGUAAAUAAUAUGCUUAUUUCCCACGCUAACAAAGAAACAACAGUGUUUACCCCAGUUCAACAAAGCACCCCCAAAGAACCUCAAUGUAAACCACGUUUCACGUUAAGGAAAUCUUCGAUGACUAUGCAAAUAUUUGAAGAUAGCUUUCCUCGGCUCUGUUGAAUUGAAAAGAAAAGGUGUCAUUUCGUUUGCGACACACAGCACCUAUUUAGAAAUCCUUAAAUGCACGCUCUGAAAAACUAACAAAAAAGUUAAAUUAAAAGUUUCAUUUGAGAUCAACACAUUGGUUCAAAACUACCUUGAAAACUUUUGUAAUUCUCAAAAGGAAACGAACUUUCGCUAAUUAAACUCUCUGGUUACCUAUAUAACAAUUUAUUUAGUAAUAAGAAUUUAAUGUCGCAACACAGCGAGUCGUGGUCGCCCAUUCUCCUGAGCCAGGGGCUCAUGAAUAAAGAUUCUAGAACUUUUCCGUAAUUCUUGGUGCCUUGUUAACUCAAGUUGAUAAGUAACGUAUCCCUUUACGUAAUGAGCAAAAGGUUGUCUUAUAAGGUAAUUUUCAUAGUUUUCCGAUUCCGCCAUGAAAAAAUUUCCGCUCACAGGAAGGUGACACGUGACUGGGUUCGAGGUUUUUAUAUAAACUAAGC